UGUCUGCCUCUUUCUAACUCAAUCCUUUAAAAGAGACACUUCCACGCCAAAAAAAAAAGAAAAAAAAUUAAAAAUCUUGCAGGUUUAUCUCUAUGUUUCUCCCAACAUGUAGCUUGAAACAUGUUACUUGCUUUAAGGAAAAGUUUCUCCACGUCGCUAAAGUCUGUUUUGAUAUUUCUCCCUCUUAAACAACUGUGAGCUGCUUCAACCCGUCUCUAAAUCAAGUCAAAUUGCAUGCAGAGCCUGGAGGCGCUGGACUGAUAAAUCUGUAGCUGUGUGAUCGGAAGAUUUUUCCCCCCCUCCUUUAUUUGUUUCAUCCGAGCACCGGGCGUGAUGAGACUCUGGAGCCGCCGGAGGAACUUUGUCUUUCUGGGCUUUGCGCUGCACGUCUGGUCCCUGUCCACGGCUCUGGAAAAUGUCAGAAACAAGGUUUUCAGCAUAAAGGAGGGAAGUACUCCAGACAAGGCUAAGCGGCAGGAGGAUGCGGCCAAACCACGUCACCAUGAGACCACGGUACCUCUGAUACUGAAGGGCAAAGAGCGAAGACCUCUCAGCCAGCUCACCCCUGGGAUUUAUCCUGCGUCACUCCAGCUGGUGGUGUUUGCAGAAGGUGAAGAGCUGAUCCUGUCACUGGAGAAGAAUGAGGGUCUUUUUGCGAGCCACUACACCGAGACACAUUACAGGGAGGAUGGAAGUGCAGUCACUGGUACUCACAACUUCACGAACAACUGCUACUACCACGGCGAAGUGCGGGAGCAUCCCAACUCUGAUGUAACCCUCAGUGCCUGCUUGGGACUCCGAGGCUUUAUUGCACUUGAAAACAAGACAUUUAUUAUCGAGGCCGUGUCUGGCCACGACGCUGGGGCCCACUUCAUUUACCGAGUGGAAGAGCUCAAAGUGACCCCUGGUGCCUGCGGCCAUGGCUUUAAUUUGUCCUCUGUUGCCCCUGAAAGCCACAUCAAAAGCCCUUUCCAGUCCUUUCACACAAGGCAUAAAAGGCAUGCUCAGAAGACGACCAAAUACGUGGAGCUGAUUAUCGUCGCAGACAACAGAGAGUUCCAGAAACAGGGGAGAGACUUGGAGAAAGUCAAACAGCGGCUUGCAGAGAUAGCCAAUUAUGUGGACAAGUUUUACAGGGCGCUCAACAUCAGGGUGGCUUUGGUGGGUCUGGAGGUGUGGAGUGACUCCGAUAAAUGUCCCAUCACUCAAGAUCCCUUCACCACCUUACACGAGUUCCUAGACUGGAGGAAGGUGAAGCUUCUGCCCCAGAAGCCUCACGACAACGCUCAGCUCAUAAGCGGCGUUUACUUCCAGGGCACCACUAUCGGUAUGGCGCCCAUUAUGAGCAUGUGCACAGUGGAGCAGUCUGGAGGCAUUGUCAUGGAUCACUCGGAGAACCCGCUGGGUGCAGCCGUGACUUUGGCACAUGAGCUGGGACACAACUUCGGCAUGAACCACGACACCCCGGAGCGUGGCUGCGGUUGUAGGAUGACUGUUGACCGUGGAGGCUGCAUCAUGACCCCCUCCACAGGAUAUCCGUUCCCGACGGUGUUCAGCACCUGCAGUAAAAAGGACCUCGCAGCCAGUCUGGAGAAAGGUGUGGGCAUGUGUUUGUACAACAUGCCAGAGGUCAAGGUGCUUUAUGGCGGACAGAAGUGCGGCAAUGGCUACGUGGAGGAGGGAGAGGAGUGUGACUGCGGGGAGCCUGAGGAAUGCAUGAACCCCUGCUGCAACGCCACCACAUGCACCCUCAAAGGAGAUGCUGUGUGCGCCCACGGGCAGUGCUGUGAAGACUGCAAGCUCAAACUGGCCGGCACCAUGUGCCGCGAGUCCAGCAACUCGUGCGACCUGCCCGAGUUCUGCACCGGAUCCAGCCCGCACUGCCCGGCCAACGUUUACCUGCACGACGGACACGCUUGCCACAACGUGGACGGCUACUGCUACAACGGCAUCUGCCAGACUCACGAGCAGCAGUGCAUCACGCUGUGGGGACCAGGAGCUAAACCUGCUCCCGGGAUUUGCUUCGAGAGAGUCAACUCUGCAGGGGAUCCUUACGGGAACUGUGGGAAGGACUCCAGAGGCUCCUUUGCCAAAUGUGACGCAAGGGAUGCAAAGUGUGGUAAAAUUCAGUGCCAAGGCGGAGCAAACCGGCCAGUGAUCGGCACAAACGCUGUCUCCAUAGAAACCAAUAUCCCGCUACAGGAAGGAGGACGUAUUCUGUGUCGGGGCACACACGUGUACCUGGGGGAUGACAUGCCAGACCCCGGGCUUGUUCUAGCAGGGACAAAGUGUGGAGAAAACAUGGUGUGCUUGAACCGGCAGUGUCAGAAUGUCAGCGUCUUUGGCGUCCUCGAGUGCUCCGGGAAAUGCAGUGGACGAGGGCAAACGUACAAGGAAAUCCCCUCCAAGUGCCUCUUAACCCUAUCACCUAGUGGAUAUGGUGCUAUAUGCCGGAGGCAAAGGAGACACUCAGGCUGUGCAUCUGUGCUAAAUGUGUGCAACAACAAGAAGAACUGCCACUGUGAAGCGCAGUGGGCUCCUCCGUUGUGCAAGGAACCUGGCUUUGGCGGGAGCAUUGACAGCGGGCCAAUGAGACUGGCAGAUGUGCGUGUGUGUGUAUUAAUGUGCGUGUUGUCGUAUAUGGCAUCAGCCGACAGUGUGCUCAUUACCGUGGUGGUCCUGGUCACCCUGGUUAGUCUGCUGGUGGCCACAGUGAUCGUCUUUCUGAAGAGGAAAACUCUGCUGCGUCUCUUCUUCAGCCACAAAAAGACCACUCUGGAAAAACUCAGAUCCGUGGAGGCAACCAGACCAACCAGCCCCAUCAGGACUGAGUCCAGGUACAGACCCACACCACAGCGCAAGCCUCCACCCAAACCUUCCACAGCCAAUAUUUAUAAGCCGUCUUUCCUGAGCGAUGAGCCUCUCCUCCCUCCUCACAACUUCCACUCUCACAGCCUGCGCAGGCUGCCCCUCUACCAGCCGCUGCACAUCAGCCAGCCCAUGCCCGUGUCUCUGAGCGUGGGCCAUCCCACCCUGCCUCCUCUGCCCGCCCACGACCACCGAGUCCUGCCCACCCACUCGUCGGUCUCACCUGCUCCGGUACCGCCGUUCCUCAGCCUGCCGCGCAAGCAGACUUUGUACAGAGUGGAUCAGGAUUUUGAGAAGCCCAGUCCACCACAGAAACCUCUGCCUGCUGAUCCGUUAGGGCGGAGCUCUCGGCUUGGGUACAGCAUCACACCAUCGGGGGUCCACAUCCCAGGGACCGGAGCGAUCCCAGUACCUAUCCCCAAGGUUCCUAGACCGCCGCCCAGCAUCCCUUUACCAAACAGACCUGUUCCAGCAUUGCCCUACAGACCACCAAAGAGUCAGGACUGCUGAGAAGUGGACUUUGCAGAUGAGUCAAAAGCGUAAAUCUCACAAAAAAAAAAGGAAGAAGCUACAAAGACUUUCUUGUUUUGCACUAAUCUUUGAGACAAGACUCUGUUGGACAUGUUGGACCACAGGAAGAGUUGCAACGUUUCUGGGGAGAAACGAGGAUGACCGUCACACCUUGGUGCUACGCCUCUAGAAGGUGCUGUCCUCUCUCAGGUACCAAUGAACUAUUUAUCUAUUUAACUAUUUAACUCUGACAUUAUAAGCCUGUGUGCAAAUGAAGAAGAAUUUUCCACAAGGAGCAUUUGAGCAAAUGGAGAAAUCAAGAGUCAUUUUUAUUAAUAUUUGUUUUACAUUAUUUUUACCUCUUUUUUUUUAAUUUGUGCUUAAAUUGAAAUGUCCUUUUUUUUUAGCAAUUGAUUUUAAUUGAGUGAUGGAACUGUAGACAAAGUCAAACUAGAUUACAGAUGAAGGGAAACGGGGCACAAGUCAGUUUAACAGCGUUACUUAUUUAGUUAUUCUGUCCAUAGGGUUUUCAAUACCCAAACACUUUCUCUGUAUUCUAUUUGCCAUUGUGCUUGGAAAACAAAAAACAAAAAUAUAAUCAAUUACUGACGAGAAAAUAUGAUUCCCAAGAUGACGCUAGAUGGAAAACGAUUCUGAUUGGCUCACGUCAAGGCACCUAAAUUCCCUUUCUCUGGUUCUGACAAGUGUUGGAUGCUCAACAUGUUCUACCGAUUCAGAUGAGACGUCAGAAACCGAGCGCUGACAGAUUCCACAGACUGAUCGUGUUCCAGAGAAUUCCUCCAGCAACCAAUUCAUCAGUAUUAACGCCAGUGUUUGUAUGUUUAACAUUCACUUUGUCCUCAUUCCUGAGAGCCAAGCCAGAUGACCUCAGCGCUGUCAGCUCUCCAAGUUCCACACGCUAAGUCAAACAACAUGUUUUCCUGUUCCUCUGUUGCUGUUUGUUACCCACUCUUUUGUUCUUUUACAAGUAUUGAUUUUUGUAUUGUUUUGCUGUUUCUCCCUGUGCAUUUACAGACUAAAUCAUGAGAUUUUUAGAGUGCAGUGUUGCACUUAUGGGCACUUUUCCAGUUCAUCCUAAAGUUCACAGCAACACAAUGAAAGUCAGUUACAUCCUGCUUUGUUUUUCUUUACAAAAAAAAUGUGUUGAUCUUGUUAAAGUGUAAAGCAGUUGGCAUGACAGCUCACUGUUGGAACUUAAACGUUAAAGCUGUGUGAAAUAUGUGGUAAAUGUGUUUGUAAGGACUGUUCAUCGAGUUUACUGUAAAGUGUAACUAUUGUGUCUGUUGCCAUUUUCAUUUUGUCCUUAUCUCUUUGUUUUACAAGCACAGAAAAGUAAGAACUGCUCUGCAGCUGAGCCCCAUUUAUCCUUCUCAGUGAGAACCUGAUAUUUAACACUUGAGCGUCGCAAAUGAACUUUGAGGCCUGAAUGUUGAUUUCAGAGGUCAA